AUGAAGGCCUCCCUGAUCUCCUUCCUCGGCGCCGCCCUCCCCGCGCUUGCCGCGCCGAGCGGCAUCGCCCGCCAGGCCGACUCGGGCCUGAUGUCCGGCAAGUACAUCAUCCAGCUCAAGCCCGGCACCACCCCCGAGGCCGUCACGGCCCACCACAACGCCGUGCGCAGCCUGCUUCGCCGCCGCGACGGUACUGCCGGCGAAGUCGAGAAGACCUUCCAAAUCGGCGACUUCAAUGCCUACAGCGGCGCUUUUGACGACGCGACGCUCGCCGCCAUCUCGGAGCUCGAAGAGGUGCUCGUCGUUGAGCCCGACUCUCUCAUCUACGUCGAGCCGACCCAGGCGCCCGAGACCAAGCGUGAUCUGACUACUCAGUCAGACACUAUCUGGAGUCUGGGUGACUUGUCUCACCGCGAGGCCGGCGCGACGGAGUACGUCUACGACGAGUCUGCUGGCGAGGGCAUGACCGCCUAUGUCCUCGACACUGGCAUCCGAUUGUCGCACGAGGAGUUUGAGGGACGCGCCCGGUUCGGUAUCAACGGCGUGACUGGCUCCACGGAGCAGAGCGGCUCCAACUCGGACACCGACGGCCACGGCACCCACGUUGCCGCCACUGUCGUCGGAAAGACAUACGGAGUGGCCAAGAAGGCCCUGGUUGUCGAUGUCAAGGUCUUCGAUGGCUCUACUGGUUCUGUCUCCGCCCUCCUCACCGGUAUUUCCUGGGCUGUCAACGACAUCGUCAGCAAGGGCGCGCAAAAGACCUCGGUCCUCAACCUCUCCCUCAGCGGCGGCGCCUCCGCCUUCGAAAACGCCGUCCUCGCGGCCUAUAACCAGGGCAUUCUCUCCGUCGUCGCCGCCGGCAACAGCAACCAGCCGACCACGGACGUCUCCCCGGCCAGGCUCCCCCAGUCCUUCACCGUCGGCAUGACCCGCCCCGACCGCGGCCGCGUGAACAUCAUCGAGGGCAUCUACGGCAGCAACUACGGCCCGGAGCUGGACGUGUUCGCGCCCGGCCAGGACAUCGUUAGCGCCAGCCACACGUCCGACACGGGCUCCGCGACCAAGACGGGCACCAGCAUGGCGGCGCCGCUCGUUGCGGGGUUGGUGUGCUACCUCAGGGCGCUGGAGGGUGGUCUGGGAACCCCGGACGAGGUGACGAAUCGGAUUUUGGAGCUCGCUAUUCCGGAUGUUGUUGGGGACCCCAAGGGAUCGCCGAAUCUUCUGGUGAACAACGGCAGCGGGCGCUAA